ACCUAAGCAUGCUCGUAUCCUUUUUCUUUCUCACUCGCACACGCAAAGAUUUGUUGAGGUGGUCCCUCUCUUUGGGUUCUCCUUCAUCUUUAACUUUAGGUCUUCUCUGACUCUGAGGGACACUGCUGAACGUCUUUGUAUCUUGGGCUGAUCUGAAAACACUACUGGUUUGUUCAGAAACACUGAGCAGUUCAGCUUCACUUGGAAACUCUGUUGAAUUGAAUUCAGUUUCCAUUGGUAAGUUAUUUUCAGGCCUUGGGGUAAGCAACUUACCAACAUGGGAACACAACCCCGGCAAACAUUUCGAGAGGAAGAGGAGGAGGAGCUGCCAUGCCGUGGAACUAUCUCAGGUCAAUCAAUGUCAACUAGCAGAAGUGUUGGGUCACCAUCCAGCCGGAGUGAGCAGACAAUGGCAACACCAGCUAGUGAUAACACCUUUCUUAGGUUAAAUAAUCUUGACAUACAUGGUGAUGACGCUGGAUCACAGGGUGCAGUUGCUAGCAAGAAGAAAAAGAGGGGCCAACGCACUGUUGGUGGUGACAAGAGUGGAAGAGGUCUCCGCCAAUUUAGUAUGAAAGUCUGUGAGAAGGUAGAAAGCAAGGGGAGAACAACUUACAAUGAGGUAGCUGAUGAACUUGUAGCUGAAUUUGCUGAUCCAAGCAAUGGUGCUUCAACUCCUGAUCAGCAACAAUAUGACGAGAAAAACAUCCGACGGAGGGUGUAUGAUGCUUUGAAUGUUCUAAUGGCAAUGGAUAUUAUUUCUAAGGAUAAAAAGGAAAUACAAUGGAAGGGUCUUCCUCGCACAAGUCUCAGCGAUAUUGAAGAUCUAAAGAAUGAACGUCUUGGGCUAAGGAAUAGAAUUGAAAAGAAAGCAUCCUAUUUGCAAGAGCUGGAAGAUCAAUACAUAGGUCUUCAGAAACUUAUAGAACGAAAUGAGCAAUUAUAUAGCUCCGGGAAUGCUCCCAAUGGAGGUGUAUCUUUACCCUUCAUUCUGGUGCAGACACGCCCCCAUGCAACUGUUGAAGUGGAAAUAUCAGAAGAUAUGCAGCUUGUGCAUUUUGAUUUCAAUAGCACUCCCUUUGAGCUGCAUGAUGAUAACUAUGUUCUCAAGGCAAUGAAAUUUUGUGAGAGAUCUCAGAAUGACAACAAACCAGACAAUCCUCCAGAUGGCGGGGAAGGUUCUAGCAUGUCUAGUUUGUAUCAUGCACAGAUUCCUAGUUCAGUUUCAAACCCUCCUGCGAGACCUCCUUCAUCUCCACCACUCCCUGGAAUAUUGAAGGCAAGAGUUAAGAACGAGCAUUGAUCUGCAAUUUUGAACUGCAUUGCCUUAUUUAAGCAUGUUUGUAUAUUUUGUAAAGUAAUUUGUCGGUAACUAGUCGUCCUUUAUAAUAAUUUAUUAGUACAGCCAAUUCACUCAGUGGGUUAGAGGCGAACUGGUCUGCUUGAGUCUAUAUUCUUCUGAGAUGAUCUUGGCAAAUUCUUUCCUAACCAUAUCCGUUAUUGACUACCUUAGACCUUAACUUAUUUUUCCCCAUAUGUUUUUUUUUUUUUAUUUGCCCUCUUGUACUAUAAUAGAGGAAUUGGUUUGUACUAGUCCAUAGCGAUCAUGGAAUGCAAUACAUCAGCGUAGGUUUAAGUUUGGAAUACUCAGAUUUUUUGUGUAAAUUAUCCCUUCAUAUGUCAAUCUUGAUAUUUUGGCAAAUA